UUAGUUGUUGUUUUUUCAGGAAAAAGGCAUUUUAAAGACGUCUCCCAAGCCUUCCCAAGAUGUAACACAUGCUCAGGUGUGUGUGUCCAUGUCUCAAGGCUUAGAAAUAAUUGUUUAACCUGUCUACACUGAUUGAAGUGGAUUUAACAAGUGACAUCAAUAAGGGAUCAUACAGUAGUUUUCACCUGGAUUCACCUGGUCAGUCUAUGUCAUGGAAAGAGCAGGUGUCCUUAAGGUUUUGUAUACUCAGUGUAUAUUAUCAUAACUGAUAUUUUUCAGUAUUUGGAGGAUAUUGUAUGAAAAAUGUUUAUAUGCAGAAGUAUUUUUAUAACACUUUACUGUGUCUCAGGAUCAUUUGUCAAUAGACGGUGAGCUUUCAUCCAGGCGAGGCAGUAAUUACAGUCUCGUUGACAACAUCAACACUAAGGUUAGUCUUCAGUCAACAGAUUCCUAAUUGGACUAUUUCCAAUGGUAUACAGUAGGAUCCCCACUGACCUGCCCUUGUUUUACAGGAGAAGGGAGGAGUGUUCAGUGGAAUGUUUAGAAAAUCCCCCAUACCCCUGGGGACUAGGACACAUUCUCAGGUGAGUGUGGUGUCUCUUCAGAGGUAUACUUUACCUAACAGAAAAAGUAAACAACCUUGUAAUGGAAUACUAUUGUUUUUAACAUGGCAACAUUGAUAGUCACAGGUAAAUCUAAAACGCAUGUUAUCAUCUUUGUGUCUUUUAGGAUAAUCUGUAUGACCUAUCUACUCACAGUGGUCUCUCAGCCAGCACUGACAGUCUUUCGGAAAAUACCUCAAAGGCGAGUCUUGCCCAUAAACUUAUCCCAGUCCUCAUAUUGCUUUUAUAAUUUCUACUUAACGUUGAUUUAUCCUAUUUGCUUGUACCUGCACUAAUUCUCUGUAUAAUUGUCUUUUAGGGUGGAAAGAUGGGGAAGAUAAAAAAAAAUCAAUUUAACUCUUCAACUCAGUUAGUCCAUUACUAUAUGUAGGGUGUCCACCCACUCUAUCCAAAGCGGGUGAAACCACGCUUUUAUGAUAUUUUACUUCCUUAUGUUAUAAAAUACAUUUUCCAAGACAAAUAUGAUUAUUCAUGUUCUGAAUAGUUCAUUGGGGUCUUUCUCUAACAUUUCAUUAACAUUAUAUCCCAAAAUUAGGAUUUCAUAACCUAAUAAGCUCCAAGCUCUGUUGACAGAGCGGUGCAGCUUUCUCGCAGACAUUUUUGAGGAUUUUACAUGUUGUGGUGGUCGUCUUCAAAGUUUUUCAGCGUGUCACAAAAAGCUAAAUUAGCUUGACACAAGCUGAAUUAAAUGUAAAAGCAUUUUAAAAUAAAAAGCUUGCGGAACGCUCAGUGCUCCAUUGACAUUUCACUGAGAUACACUUGUUUUUGUGAGAAAUCUUCAAAAGAACAACAGGAAUUUUGCAUUAAUAUGAAAAGUGUAUACUAAAAUAUGAAAAUACUACAUGUCAUGUCUCAAAAUCGAUAUCUGAUCUCUAUGUUGUUUUAUGUCCUGCGGAUUUGAGAAGAAAGAUUACGAGUUCAACGGGAAAGUAAUGUGAUCUGAUUAUAAUAGACCAAUGACUGUUCGUCUGGGUAAGGGGAUGGGCUCUAGACCAUCCUAUCAGGGCUGUGUAUGUAAAUGUCUUCAAAUUAGUUUCCUAAUGCCCACACAAUCAAAUUGAGCAUUUCAAGGGCCAAAGGAGGCUCAGGGAAAUAAAAUAUUGCAAAUAUAUUUUGGAAUUAUUUUAAUUAAAUAAACAAAUACAGUGAUUUAUUAGACAUACAGUGCAUUCGCAAAGUAUUCAGACCCCUUCACUAUUUCCACAUUUUGUUACAUUACAGCCUUGAUUAAAUAGUUUUUUUCCCUCAUCAAUCUACAAACAAUACCCCAUAAUGGUUUUUAUAAAUUUUUGCAAAUGUAUAAAAAAUAAGUAAACAGAAAUAUCACAUUUACUUAAGUAUUCAGACCCUUUACUCAGUACUUUGUUGAAGCACCUUUGGCAGCGAUUACAUCCUUGAGUCUUCUUGGGUAUGACGCUACAGGCUUGGCACACCUGUAUUUGGGGAGUUUCUCCCAUUCUUCUCUGUAGAUCCUCUCAAGUUCAGUCAGGUUGGAUGGGGAGUGUCACUGCACAGCUAUUUUCAGGUAUCUCCAGAGAUGUACAGUGGGGAGAACAAGUAUUUGAUACACUGCCGAUUUUGCAGGUUUUCCUACUUACAAAGCAUGUAGAGGUCUGUAAUUUUUAUCAUAGGUACACUUCAACUGUGAGAGACGGAAUCUAAAACAACAAUCCAGAAAAUCACAUUGUAUGAUUUUUAAGUAAUUCAUUUGCAUUUUAUUGCAUGACAUAAGUAUUUGAUCACCUACCAACCAGUUUGAAUUCCGGCUCUCACAGACCUGUUAGUUUUUCUUUAAGAAGCCCUCCUGUUCUCCACUCAUUACCUGUAUUAACUGCACCUGUUUGAACUCGUUACCUGUAUAAAAGACACCUGUCCACACACUCAAUCAAACAGACUCCAACCUCUCCACAAUGGCCAAGACCAGAGCGCUGUGUAAGGAUAUCAGGGUUAAAAUUGUACACCUGCACAAGGCUGGGAUGGGCUACAGGACAAUAGGCAAGCAGCUUGGUGAGAAGGCAACAACUGUUGGCGCAAUUAUUAUAAAAUGGAAGAAGUUCAAGAUGACGGUCAAUCACCCUCGGUCUGGGGCUCCAUGCAAGAUCUCACCUCGUGGGGCAUCAAUCAUCAUGAGGAAGGUGAGGGAUCAGCCCAGAACUACACGGCAGGACCUGGUCAAUGACCUGAAGAGAGCUGGGACCACAGUCUCAAAGAAAACCAUUAGUAACACACUACGCUGUCAUGGAUUAAAAUCCUGCAGCGCACGCAAGGUCCCCCUGCUCAAGCCAGCGCAUGUCCAGGCCCGUCUGAACUUUGCCAAUGACCAUCUGGAUGAUCCAGAGGAGGAAUGGGAGAAGGUCAUGUGGGCUGAUGAGACAAAAAUAGAGCUUUUUGGUCUAAACUCCACUCGCCGUGUUUGGAGGAAGAAGAAGGAUGAGUACAACCCCAAGAACACCAUCCCAACCGUGAAGCAUGGAGGUGGAAACAUCAUUCUUUGGGGAUGCUUUUCUGCAAAGGGGACAGGACGACUGCACCGUAUUGAGGGGAGGAUGGGAGGGGCCAUGUAUCGAGAGAUCUUGGCCAACAACCUCCUUCCCUCAGUAAGAGCAUUGAAGAUGGGUCGUGGCUGGGUCUUCCAGCAUGACAACGACCCGAAACACACAGCCAGGGCAACUAAGGAGUGGCUCCGUAAGAAGCAUCUCAAGGUCCUGGAGUGGCCUAGCCAGUCUCCAGACCUGAACCCAAUAGAAAAUCUUUGGAGGGAGCUGAAAGUCUGUAUUGCCCAGCGACAGCCCCAAAACCUGAAGGAUCUGGAGAAGGUCUGUAUGGAGGAGUGGGCCAAAAUCCCUGCUGCAGUGUGUGCAAACCUGGUCAAGACCUACAGGAAACGUAUGAUCUCUGUAAUUGCAAACAAAGGUUUCUGUACCAAAUAUUAAGUUCUGCUUUUCUGAUGUAUCAAAUACUUAUGUCAUGCAAUAAAAAGCAAAUUCAUUACUUAAAAAUCAUACAAUGUUAUUUUCUGGAUUUUUGUUUUAGACUCCAUCUCUCACAGUUGAAGUGUACCUAUGAUAAUAAUUACAGACCUCUACAUGCUUUGUAAGUAGGAAAACCUGCAAAAUCGGCAGUGUAUCAAAUACUUGUUCUCCCCACUGUAAGUCCGGGCUCUGGCUGGGCCACUCAAGGACAUUCAGAGACUUGUCCCGAAGCCAGUCCUGCGUUGUCUUGGCUGUGUGCUUAGGGUCAUUGUCCUGUUGUAAGGUGAACCUUCGCCCCAGUCUGAGGUCCUGAGCGCUCUGGAGCAAAUUUUCAUCAAGGAUCUCUCUGUACUUUGCUCCGUUCAUCUUUCCCUCGAUCCUGACUAGUCUCCCAGUCCCUGCCACUGAAAAACAUCCCCACAGCAUAAUGCUGCCACCACCAUGCUUCACCGUAGGGAUGGUGCCAGGUUUCCUCCAGACGUGACACUUGGCAAUCAGGCCAAAGAGUUCUAUCUUGGUUUCAUCAGACCAGAAAAUCUUGUUUCUCAUGGUCUGAAAGUCCUUCAGGUGCCUUUUAGCAAAGUCCAAGCGGGCUGUCAUGUGCCUUUUACUGAGGAGUGGCUUCCGUCUGGCCACUCUACCAUAAAGGCCUGAUUGGUGGAGUGCUGCAGCGAUUGUUGUCCUUCUGGAAGGUUCUCCCAUUUUCCACAGAGGAACUCUGGAGCUCUGUCAGAGUGACCAUCGGUUCUUGGUCACCUCCCUGACCAAGGCCCUUCUCCCCCGAUUGCUCAGUUUCGCCGGGCGGCCAGCUCUAGGAAGAGUCUUGGUGGUUCCAAACUUUUUCCAUUUAAGAAUGGUGGAGGCCACUGUGUUCUUGGGGACCUUCAAUGCUGCAUACAUUUUUGGUACCCUUCCCCAGAUCUGUGCCUCGACACAAUCCUGUCUCGGAGCUCUACGGACAAUUCCUUCGACCUCAUGGCUUGGUUUUUGCUCUGACAUACACUGUCAACUGUGGGACCUUAUAUAGACAGGUGUGUGCCUUUCCAAAUCAUGUCCAAUCAAUUGAAUUUACCACAGGUGGACUUCAAUCAAGUUGUAGAAACAUGAGGGAUGAUCAAUGGAAACAUGAUGCAACUGAGCUAAAUUUAGAGUGUCAUAGCAAAGGGUCUGAAUCCUUAUGUAAAUAAGGUAUUUCUGUUUUGUAUUUUUUAUAAAUUUGCUAAAAUUUCAAAAAACCUGUUUUUGCUUUGUAAUUAUGGGGAAUUGUGUGUAGAUUGAUGAUGAUUUGUUUUUAUUUAAUCUAUUUUGGAAUAAGGCUGUAACGUAACAAACAUUUUGAAUGUGGAAAAGGUGAAGGGGUCUGAAUACUUUCCGUGAUGAUUUAAAAAAUACAAUUACAAAGACUGCUUGGAGGUUUUAAUUUUAGCUGACAUAAUGCUGUGCAAUUUUCCUUAUUUUUGACAACUUUUUUUCUGGCCUCCAUUGAUUUAGUCACCCUAAUUGUGGCCAUCCUCCAAUAACUUUGGAACAAAUUAUGAUAUAGACAUGAGGUUUGGACCAUUGGUUUUCUUAGAGGAGUAUCUACACCAGGGGUGUCAAACAUCCGGCCCGCGGGCCGGAUCAGGCCCGCAAACGGGUUUAAUCCGGCCCGCGAGAUGAUUUUGUAAAGUAUAAAAAUGAGCUGCAAUUUUUCAAUAAAAGAAACUGCUGUUCCAAUUGUGUCCACUGGAUGGCGCAAUAGCAAUUGUGUUAAGCAAGCAAACUGUAAAUACCGGGGCAGAGCAAAUAGGUCAAGCAAGUGCAGCCAGUCCGGAUGAGCUACUUUGUUUUGCCCGCAAUAUUUAUUACGGCUUCUACUUUUAACAUUAUGUGCUUUGGCACCCUCAUUGCCCCGAUAUGUCUCUGUCAAAAAAGAGAAAAGUGGAUGCAGAGUGCAGAGUGUUCCAAGAAAAAUUGUCAUCCUUCUAUUUAUUCACGGAAUUGAAUGGGAAAGCUGUAUGUUUGGUGUGUUCACAGCAUGUUGCAGUGCUGAAAGAAUAUAACCUUUGUCGCCACUAUGUGAGUCUUCAUGCCGACAAAUAUGAAAACUUUCAAGGACAGUGGAGAAGAGAGAAGGUGAAUGAACUGUUGGUGGGUCUGAAGAAACAGCAGUCUGUGUUUACUCACAGCCGAGACAUCAGUGACGCUGCAGUGAAAGCUAGCUACCUCAUUGCUAAUGAAAUCGCAGUGGCUUCAAAACCAUUUAGUGAGGGUGAAUUUGUAAAAACAUGCAUGAUGAAGGCAGCAGAGAUUGUGUGCCCUGAAAUCACCAGGCUUUUGCAAAUAUCAGCCUGACAAGAAACACAGUUGCAGACAGGAUUUCCGAUCUUUCAGUGGAUUUGGACAGCCAGUUGAAGCAAAAAGUAAAGUCAUUUAUUGCGUUUUCGGUUGCAAUUGAUGAAAGCACGGACAUUACAGAUGUUGCACAACUGGCCAUUUUCAUCCGCGGAGUUGAUGACACAUUGACCGUCACCGAGGAGUUCGUGGAGUUGGUGCCCAUGACAGAUACAACGACAGCAGCUGAUAUUUUCACUGCACUCGUCGGCGCGCUGGACAGGGUCGGAGUGGACUGGUCCCGCGCUGUCAGCCUGGCUACAGAUGGUGCGCCCUCAAUUAUCGGGAAAAAAGCAGGCGUUGUGACAAAGUUCAGAGAGAAAGUGCAAUCUGCAAAUGGAGGACGUGAUUUUUGGACUUUUCACUGUAUUUUGCACCAGGAGGCUUUGUGUUGCAAGUCAUUAAAGAUGGAUAACGUCAUGAAUAAAACAAAGCUGCGCUCAAGGCUCACGCACAAGCACUUGAAUCACAUCCUGAAGUUGGCUGCCACUCAGGAUGUGACGCCUGAUAUUGAUGCGCUGGUGAAAGCUAAAAGAUGCCAGGUAUCAGGAGUCAAAUAAACUAUGCAACCCCACUUAAAGUGCUGCAUGAGACACCCUGAUAUAGUUCUGUGAUCUGUGAUAUACUUCUGUGAAUCACUGAGGCAUUGUGUGUUUGUGUGUUGUUUGUCCUCAGAAUUUCAAAUAACUUGAGGUGUUUUAUGAUUAAUAGUGAUGUUGUGCUUUUGGACACACUGUCCUCAGGCUCCAGCUUUAUGUUUAUAUGUUUUUAUGUUGAUGUGCUAUUGUUUUUAAUUGAUUUUAUUUUAUUUGUAUAUUUAACCUAUUCUUGACUCUGUGGUUCUUGCACUUGUUUGGGGAACAGGAUUUCAUUAUUUGUAUCUACAUUUCUGCCUGAGAAAUGACACCCUGAUAUAGUUCUGUGAUCUGUGAAACAGUUAUGUGAAUCACUGAGGCAUUGUGUGUUUGUGUGUUCUUUUUCUUUAGAAUUUUCAAAUAAACUUCAGGUGUUUUAUGAUUAAUAGUGAUGUUGUGCUUGUACUAUUUUGGACACACUGUCCUCAGGCUCCAGCUUUAUGUUUUAUGUUGAUAGUAUUAAAACAAAGAAAACAAUCUGAAGUUGUUGUUUUUAAGUUAUAUAUACCAUGAUUUUACUGGUCCGGCCCACUUGGGAAUUUCCUCCAUGUGGCCCCUGAGCUAAAAUGAGUUUGACACCCCUGAUCUACACAAUUAACAUACCCAUUGGUCUAAAUAUACAUUUUUGAUUGGACACCCUACUAUAUGAAAAGGACAAGGCUUUCACUCCUUUAGAUGCUUUUGAUGUUGAUGAGUGAUGACAUUUUAUACUUUAUUGCAGGAUAAGGAAAGGGAUGAAGACCUAUCAGACUCUAGGGAGAAACUCACCUUUUAUGACAAACGCUUUGAAGUCAUGCAGUUGAGGAUUUUGAUGGGGUUUAUUUUUGUACUAUCUUUGGUACAUUUACAUGUACAUUUAAGUCAUUUAGCAGACGCUCUGGGUUUGGCGAAUCUGGGUUUGGCGGAUGCCAGGAGAACGCUACCUGCCCGAAUGCAUAGUGCCAACUGUAAAGUUUGGUGGAGGAGAAAUAGUGGUCUGGGGCUGUUUUUCAUGGUUUGGGUUAAGGCCCCUUAGUUCCAGUGAAGGGAAAUCUUAACGCUACAGCAAACAAUGACAUUCUAGACGAUUCUGUGCUUCCAACUUUGUGGCAACAGUUUGCGGAACUUCAGUCCUCAAAAUGUACUUAGUAUUUCUUUUUCAUAUGGCAACCUUGGUGUUCAGGUCAAGUCUUAGGUACUUGUUCUCUCUCUGCUUGUGUCAGGACGACCUGUCUACAAAUAGUGAUCUCUCAGCCAGCAAUGACAGUUUAUCAGAAAAGACCUGCCCACCAACCUACACCAGUCCUUACAUACACUAUAUAUACAAAAGUAUGUGUACACCCCUUCAAAUUAGUCGAUUCAACUAUUUCAGCCACAGCUGUUGCUGACAGGUGUAUAAAACUGAGCACACAGCCAUGCAAUCUCCAUAGACAAACAUUUGCAGUAGAAUGGCCUUACUGAAGAGCUCAGUGACUUUCAACGUGACACCGUCGUAGGAUGACACCUUUCCAACAAGUCAGUUCGUCAAAUUUCUGCCAUGCUAGAGCUGCCCCGUCAACUGUAAGUGCUGGUGUUGUGAUGUGGAAACAUCUAGGAGCGACAACGGCUCAGCGGUAGGCCACAAGCUCACAGAAUGGGACCGCCAAGUGCUGAAGCGUGUAGCACUGUCCUAAGUUGCAAUUUGUUUUGAUUUAACCUUUAUUUAACUAGGCAAGUCAGUUAAGAACAAAUUCUUAUUUACAAUGACGGCCUACCCCUGACAACGCUGGGCCAAUUGCGCGCCACCCUAUGGGACUCCCAAUCACGGCCGGGUUGUGAUACAGCCUGGAAUCGAACCAGGAUCUGUAGUGACGCCUCUAGCGCUGAGAUGCUGUGCCUUAGACCACUGCGCCACUCGGCAGCCACUCGGAAGCAACACUCACUACCGAGUUCCAAACUGUCUCUGGAAGCAACGUCAGCACAAGAACUGUUCGUCAGGAGCUUCAUGAAAUGGGUUUCCAUGGACGAGCAGCCGCACACAAGCCUAAGAUCACCAUGCGCAAUGCCAAGCGUCGGCUGGAGUGGUGUAAAGCUCACCGCCAUUGGACCCUGGAGCAGUGGAAACACGUUCUCUGGAGUGAUGAAUCACGCUUCACCAUAUGGCAGUUCAACAGACAAAUCUGGGUUUGGCAGAUGCCAGGAGAACGCUACCUGCCCGAAUGCAUUGUGCCAACUGUAAAGUUUGGUGGAGGAGGAAUAAUGGUCUGGGGCUGUUUUUCAUGAUUCGGAUUAGGCCCCUUAGUUCCAGUGAAGGGAAAUCUUAACACUACAGCAUACAAUGACAUUCUAGACGAUUCUGUGCUUCCAACUAUGUGGCAACAGUUUGCGGAAGGCCCUUUCCUGUUUCAGCAUGACAAUGCCCCCAUGCACAAAGCGAGGUCCAUACAGAAAUGGUUUGUCGAGAUCGGUGUGGAAGAACUUGACUGGACUGCACAAAGCCCUGACCUCAACCCCAUUGAACACCUUUGUGAUGAAUUGGAAUGCCGACUGCGAGCCAGGCCUAAUAGCCCAACAUCAGUGCCCGACCUCACUAAUGCUCUUGUGGCUGAAUGGAAGCAAGUCCCCACACAGAAGAGUGGAGGCUGUUCUAGCAGCAAAUGGGGGACCAAUUCCAUAUUAAUGCCCAUGAUUUUGGUAUGAGAUGUUUGACGAGCAGGUGUCCACAUACUUUUGGUCAUGUAAUGUACCUUUAUAUAAUUUAAAUAUAUAUAAUAAUAAAUAAUAUUGAUGUAUCUUAUUUGCUUAGAAACCCAUGCAGAUUUGAGGGAAGGAUAUACGUGUUUAUAUGGCUAUUCAAUCUUGUUCUGUUUUAGGGUGGCAUAAUGGGGAAGAUGUUCAGGAAUCCAUUUAACUCCUCAACUCAGGUAAUCAAUCACUAUAUACAAAUGACUAGACUGUAUGACCCAGUAGGCUAUCACUCUUCUGGAUGCUUCGAGUAAUGGUAUUGAUGAUGAUGAUGAGAUUGAUAACAUUCCUUCUUCAAUCGCAGGAUAAGGAGAGGACUGAAGACACAUCAGGAUCAAGGGACAAACUCACGUCGUCUGAAAAACAUUCCAAAGCCAAAGAUGUAAGCAUUUUAGUGGAAUGUCUUUCAGUACUCUUAAAUUCUUCAAUAUGGAAUCUCAAUGCUGAAUAUAUACUAUUACUUACCUUUGAUAGAGUAUAUUUCUCAUGGCAAUAUAAACAUUCAAAGGUAAAAAACAAUGAGUUUGUUACAUAAUUUAUACGACACACACACAUACACAUUCCCACCAGUCUUUGCUUCUCUCUAUCUCCCACAAAGAGGCAGGACCAGAACAGUGAGUGAUUGUGCAUGUCAUUGUCAGGUCAAAAGCAAUCUGAUCCAGAGAGAGAGGAAGGAGAGAACUGAAACACCGGCAGUUCCUCCUACACCCACUGAAGAGGUAGGCAGAUGGAUCAAACUGUAUGUAUGUCUAAUUUUAUAAUAUCUCUGCUAAGGUUGUCUGUCACCUCUCCUCCAUAGGAGCUGAAGGGUACAGCCUUACAUGACCGACUGAAGAAGAGAGAGACGGGCGACAAUCAGGUACAGUUUACACCAAUCAUGUUAAUUUGUUGAUGUAUGUGUAAUAACCCCCUAUAUGUAGCGUACCGGUAUCUCUGUAAAUUAAUGCACAGCUUAGAGUGACUAUAUUUGUCCUUCUAGCUAAUUCAGGCUAACAGGAAUAUGAUCCUGAGAGAGAGAACAGGGAAAACUGCUGAAACUCCAGUGGUUCCUCCCAGACCAACAGAAGAGGUAGGCUAGGAGUAUUCUGACUGAUCAGGAUUGAAAUUCAUAUCUAAAUUAUCUGUAUCUAUCAGUUGUCCUGUGUAAUGGUGGCUCAUAGGCUGCGUUUAGACAGGCAGCCCAAUUCUGAUCUUUUUUUCACUAAUUGCCUCUGGUCUUUUGACCAUUCAGAUCUGAAAAAGGUCUGAUGUGAAAAGAUCUGAUGUGAUUGGUCAAAAGACCAAUUAGUGGAAAAAAUAUCAGAAUUGGGUUGCCUGUCUAAAUGCAGCAGUAUAGGAGGAUUUGGUCUUCUUAUUCCAGGAAAUGAACAGACCAGCCAGACGUGGUCAGCAAAAAAUUCAAAAAGACAAUCAGGUACACACACAACUAUCCUUGUCGGAACCUACAAUGUAUUUCCAUUCAAAAUCCUAUUUUCCUUAACCCCUAACCCUAACUCGUAACUCUAAUUCUAACUGUGAUGAGGCAGCCUUUGACUGGCCUCAUCACCACUUUUAAAUGUAUUUCAUGAAGUUAAUAUUAUCUAAAAUGCUUAAGUAUAUACAUGUGUGGUUUGGAUAAAGUGCACUAGUCCAUUGCCAUGCAUACCGUAGUUAUCCACCAGUUUAGGUGUGCCUGACCUUAAUUAUUUGCUAACGAGUUGAUUGCGCUGGUUUAAGACAGGUGUGGUGGGUUAGAUAAUUAGUGCGUAGUUCACCCAUGCUUUCAGUCUCCCUGAUUAGUAGUUCUAAUCAUGUUCUAUUUAAUGUAGCUCUGUCUUUGAAACUAAAGUGUAGUUGACUAAAUAUGGUAAUUUAAACUAAUGAAUGCAAUUAACUUAAAUCAUGUUUUCCAUAGUAUUGCCCGGUCUAAUUAACAAAGUAACAUUCAGCUAAUUAAAUGUACAGUACAUUCGCAUUGGUUAAUCGUUAUGGGCAAAGUUUAUGUGCAAAUGCUGUUCUUUUCUCUCAACUUGGUUAGAACACCAUUUUACAAUAUGCUCCUUAGCAGUUUGUUUGUUACAUCCUGUACAGUCAGUUGAGUUUAGCUGUCCUGGUAGACUCUCUUUAGUCCCAGUAAGGGGGAGAGUAAGGCUCUGUUUAGAGCUAGAAAAGGGGUAAUCCCUAGUUAUGCUGUUUAACAUUUAGGCCUCGUUUUAGCUGCAGUAGAAACCCUAUUGAGGGGCUGAGCUUUAGACUCGCCAUCAUCCUUGUCAGUUUUCGUAUCCUGAAUGUUGCUGCUAUGGACAACUGUUUGUCAAGCCAAGCCAUGUUUCCUAAAAUCGUUCAUCUGCAAUAAAUCAAGUACUAUUUUUCUACAACCAUGGCUCCUCCUCAUUCCCACCUAUCACCUCCCUUGGCUACUCUGGGUCCACUAUUCUACACUAACCCUAACCCUAAUUGUAACCCUAAACCUAAGCCCUAAGCCUAAAAUAGCCUUUGUCCUCGUGGAAACCUGGGAAAUGUCCCCAAAAGGGAGAAUUUUUUGUUUUACUAACUUUGUUGGUAUUUCCAGUACCUACGAUGAUAGUAAUACAAGCCCACACACAUCACACACUCUGUCAUAUUUUCUGUAAUAUGAUUUCGCCUGACAAUCUAUCGGAAUGACAUUUGUUUGUUGGUUAUUUCAGGACCAAUCUGAUGAAUGCCUUAAAGAGGGUGAAUCGCUCCUCACUGGGGAGAAGGAGGAGGGAGAAGACAAGGACAGAGAGGUAGUGGUUAACCCUACGGAUAGCACAGCUUCCACUAGACCAGUGUUCCUUACUAUGGCCAUGCAAAUAUCAGGGUUUCGCUUUAAUUUAGUUGGUUAUUAUUCCAUUGUAAAAUGCUGGUACUUUCCAGAUUUUCUCACAAGGUUUCUCACUUCCCCUUGCAUUAAUGUGUACUUUUUAUUCUAUUGUUCUUAGGCAAAGAUUAAAAAACCUAAGAGACACAAUCCGUUCAUGCCACACGGUGCUGGAGGCAAGGUAACAUACAAACCUCUAUUUUCAUAUGUACAGUCGUAUGAAAAAGUUUGGGCACCCGUGACAAUUUCCAUUUAUAAAUAAUUGGGUGUUUGGAUCAGCAAUUUCAUUUUGAUCUAUCAAAUAACUGAUGGACACAGUAACAUUUCAGUAGUGAAAUUAGGUUUAUUGGAUUAACAGAAAAUGUGCAAUGUGCAUCAAAAACGAAAUUAGACAGGUGCAUACAUUUGGGCACCCCAACAGAAAAAUCACAUCAAUAUUUAGUAGAGCCUCCUUUUGCUAAAAUAACAGCCUCUAGACGCUUCCUAUAGCCUCUAAUGAGUGUCUGGAUUCUGGAUGAAGGUAUUUUGGACCAUUCCUCCUCACAAAACAUCUCCAGUUCAGUUAGGUUUGAUGGUUGCCGAGCAUGGACAGCCCGCUUCAAAUCAUCCCACAGAUUCUCAAUGAUAUUCAGGUCUGGGGACUGGGAUGGCCAUUCCAGAACAUUGUACUUGUUCCUCUGCAUAAAUGCCCGGGUAGAUUUUGAGCAGUGUUUUGGGUCAUUGUCUUGUUGAAAUAUCCAGCCCCGGCGUAACUUCAACUUUGUGACUGAUUCUUCAACAUUAUUCCCAAGAAUCUGCUGAUAUUGAGUGGAAUCCAUGCGACCCUCAACUUUAACAAGAUUCCCAGUACCGGCACUGGCCACACAGCAUGAUGGAACCCCCCACCAAAUUUUACUGUGGGUAGCAAGUGUUAUUCUUGGAACGCUGUUUUCUUUUGCCGCCAUGCAUAAUGCCCCUUGUUAUGACCAAAUAACUCAAUCUUUGUUUCAUCAGUCCACAGCACCUUAUUCCAAAAUGAAGCUGGCUUGUCCAAAUGUGCGUUUGCAUACCUCAAGCGACUCUGUUUGUGGCGUGUGUGCAGAAAAGGCUUCUUCCGCAUCACUCUCCCGUACAGCUUCUCCUUGUGCAAAGUGUUGAACGUUGCACAGUGACACCAUCUGCAGGUGGCUUGUGUGCGGCUGCUCGUCCAUGGAAACCCAUUUCAUGAAGCUCCUGACGAACAGUUCUUGUGCUGACGUUGCUUCCAGAGACAGUUUGGAGGUGGUCUGUGGGCUGUUUUUGACCGUUCUCACCAUCCUUCGCCUUUGCCUCUCCGAUAUUGUACUUGGCCUGCCACUUCUGGCCUUAACAAGAACUGUGCCUGUGGUCUUCCAUUUCCUCACUAUGUUCCUCACAGUGGACAGCUUACAUCUCUGCGAUAGCUUUUUGUAGCCUUCCCCUAAACCAUAAUGUUGAACAAUCUUUGUUUUCAGGUCAUUUGAGAGUUGUUUUGAGGCCCCCAUGUUGCCACUCUUCAGAGGAGAGUCAAAGAGAACAACAACUUGCAAUUGGCCAACUUAAAUACCUUUUCUCAUGAUUGGAUGCACUUGUCUAUGAAGUUCAAGGCUUAAUGAGCUCACCAAACCAAUUGUGUGUUCCAAUUAAUCAGUGCUAAGUAGUUACAGGUAUUCAAAUCAACAGAAUGACAAGGGUGCCCACAUUUUUGCAUAGUCUAUUUUUCACAUCUGAUUUAAUUUCAUACAACUUAAUAUUGCUACACUAAAAAUAUUUGUCUGGACAAUACCCCAGUACUCAGCUUUUAUUAGAAAAUGAAUGGCAUGCCACUGUGAUCAUUUUCUGUGACGACAGAGUAAAUUAUUAUGCAGCCUCAGAGGGGUGCCCAAACUUUUUCAUACGACUGUAUCUGUUGAUCUCCCAUCAUAUUGUGUACAUUACAUUUAACUUCCUCCAGGUGUUAACCAUAGUUUGUGUCUGGGUUUACAAUAUGUAUGUUAUGGUUGCGUUGUGGGAUAACUGUAUAAUACUGUAGAGUAAAAGUUGUAUAUUUGAUUUAAAGCUGAGAUCCGCGAUAGGCGAAACAGCGCCACUUGCCCCCCUAAGCGUAUUUGUUAUAGUUUUUGUUUUGAGGAAAUGAGCAUCCAGCAUCAUGGUUCUAUCGCGCGUGCAAUGAUGUCCAAGUUUGUUGUUUGAAGUAACGUCUUUGUUGUUGUAAUAUAGCAAACGUACGUGGCAGUUUCACCGCUAUGGAUUCCACCUUUUUAACUGAGUGUCUGUUUCAGGGUAAAGCCAUGCAGAAGAAGGGUGAAACCCAGCAGGGAGCUACAGGCAGUGACUCAAAAGAGGUAGCUCUGCUCCAUGAUUGUCCUACUAACACUGUUCUUCCACAUACCGGUACCAUUGUAAUGGAUACCUAGGUUUUGUUUUUGUAUCUGAAGGCUUGACUGCCACGGCUGACAGACUGAAAAGUGGUCCAGGAUUGCAAAAUGGCCGUUACAUUGGCCGGUCUAUUAGGUCCUUUUUCUAGCUCUUUGACUCCUAACUAAGAACAUUAUGUUCAAGUGGUGUUUUUUUCUCUCCUGUUCUUUUUAUUUAUUUCUCUACCUACCAAACCGCCACCCACACCACCACUUCCAGAUUGUUGUGCUCGUUCCUUUGUACUGCGGAUUAGAUUAGAUUGCUAUGUGCCCAAACUUGUUCCCCUGCUUCCUUGUUCUUUGAACCCAGGAAUAUUUUAAUGUCCCACUUCUGCAAAACAGCAGAGCUAAUAUGUGCGAUUUCCCUCUUUGUCAGUCUGCUCAUGAAAUCUGAAAUUGUCCACACAUUUUCUAUUUUCAUUUUUGGCCUGUGAAUCUGGCAUGACAAACAUUGUUUUGCCAAGACAUAUUCUAUGUUUCUUUACUGUGUAGAAUGUAUAGACAGACCUACAUAACAGCAUGUAUUCAUCACCCCCCUUCCUAUCUCAGAAUGAUGGUGGAAAUAAAUCUUUAUUCGACCAAUUGGAGGAACUCCGUAUUAAUCCAGCAGAGCCAGAGGAGCAGGUUGGUUGCUGUAAACAAUGUUAAUAAUGUCAAUCUGUACUCUUAAGAUGACUUUUCAAACUUGGUUUCCACUCACUAACUGCUAACUGCCAUCGAGUUUUGCAUUUGAUUGAAAUAGAGUUUUGAUUGAAAAGUAUGACUUUCUAAAGUGGUGAUUCAAAGAUGACUUAGAGAAAUGUCUCUCAGCAGGAUAUGUAUGGCCUGAUGGAGUGGUGGGGCACAGUGGAGCGUGAGUCCAACACACACACACACACACACACACACACACACACACACACUUCAUCCAAAUGAUGCCCUUUUUCUUUUGCUACAGAGUGGGAAGACAUGCCUCAAGAUGAUGACUUGACUGAAAAAGAGGAGGCCAAGUAAAUGAUGCUAUAGUUGGGUCUCAUUUUGUGUACAUGCACACACGUACAGAAGAGCCUUGUUAUAAAGCCCCUGGGUAAACAGGUAAUUCACACUGUAGUAAGUGUUGAUGAUGAUGAUUAUAUGAACUUGUUUUCCAGGGCAUUUGCAGUGACAGCUGAGAAGGUGCAGAAAGGUAUACGUGUGUUCAACAAGCUGUUCUCAGAGCGUGCAGAGAGCCUAUGGCAGCACGUCAUUAACCUGAACAGCAUUGCAGACGCCCUCGACUGCUUCAACAAGAAGACCAAGAUCGCCCAAAUCACUGGCGGCUCCACCAGCGCUGUAGGAGGCGUGUGUACCAUUGUAGGCCUCGCCCUGGCCCCUGUCACCAUGGGAGCCUCCCUGAUCGUCACGGCGGUGGGACUGAGCGUGGCCACAGCGGGCGGCCUGACCUCAGCCGGAGCCGGACUCUCCAACACGGUCAACAACUCCAUGGACCGUAAGAAGGUGGAGGCCAUCGUGGUGGACUACCAGGAGAAGAUGACCGACAUCAACAAGUGCAUGCUGUUCAUCAAGCAGGGGAUUGAGAGCUUGCGCAGGUUCGACCUGCUGAAGAUGAAGAAGCACGCGUACAACCGUGACUUCCCGGGCCUCAACAACAUCUAUGAGGACGGUGCCAUGGCUGGGAAGGCCAUCCUCAUCAACGCCAACGAGAUCAUGCGUGUGGUGCAGAUAGCCAACGUGGCUGGCAGCACCGCGGCCAGAGCUGUCCAGAUUGCCAGCAUGGCCACCGGAGUGCUCACCGGCCUCUUUGUGGGCAUGGACAUCUACUUUGUGGCGAAGGACUCCAAGGAGCUGAAGAAGGGAGCCAAGUCUGAGUUUGCUGCCAAGAUCAGGGAGGUGGCGACCCAGCUGCAUGAUGGACUGGUGGAGCUUAAUUGCAUACGGGUUGAGCUGCAGUCCACAAAUCCAGACAACACCAAUGACACCAGCAUUAAGACCAACAAUGACACCAACACCCCAGACAGUACCAAUAAUAGAAAAAAGCUGGACAGUGAUGAUGAUGCAGACAAUUAUAAAACUUCUGACAGCAAAAGCAUUGUUGAUAACAGCAAUACUUCAGAUAACAGCCAUAAGACCAGCAAAGCCUAA